UAUUGUAUUUUAUACCCAAAUCUUCUCGGUAGCUGCACAACAUAUGAAGAAGAGAAAAAACAGAGCUWUGUAAAGAUGGUAAAAUAAGGGAACUAGAAGGCAUUAUACAUCCAUCAAAUCUUGUUGGAGAGCUUUUUUUAGUCAAAUAUUGGAGAGYUUUUCCAUCAAAUCAAAUCUUAAUCUGAAAACGAAGACAAAUCCCCUUCCCUCAACAUACUCUAUAGUCUUAAGUGGGAGGUUUGGUGCCUGCAUUUUAAGCAGGUUUAUUCAAAUGUUUCAUUUUGAAAAUUUAAAGAAAAAUGAUGGAUAAAAUAGUCUUUUCCAUGUUUAAUGUCAUAAAAGCUACUUUGGGGUAGUUUCUAUAUAGUAGGGAUAGGCAAGCCGAUAACCUUGCUUCGUCCACCCAGAGAGCAAAAGGAAAGAAGAACAAAACAUGGGGAGUUGGUUGACUUCUGCAAUACUUUGCUUACUUUCAAUUCUUGUUUUGGUUYCAUGGGCAACCUCAGCCUCAGUGGAGGAGAGCUUUCUCCGAUGCCUUUCCCUUCGUUCUAAUCCUUCCUCUCCGAUCUCCGCUGUGGUUUAUUCCUCCAAUAACCCCUCUUAUCAAUCCAUCUACACCUCUACUAUACAAAAUACUAGGUUCCUGCAGUCUGACACUCCAAAACCUCUCUUUGUUAUUACUCCUUUGAACGAAUCCCACGUCCAAGCAGCUGUUAUCUGUGCAAAAGAGAAUGGCUUGGAGAUCAGAACAAGAGGCGGAGGCCAUGACUAUGAGGGCAUCUCAUACAGAGCUGAAGUCCCAUUCGUCAUUGUUGACAUGUCCAAUCUGAAAACCAUCACUGUGGACAUAGAAGACAACAGUGCGUGGGUUCAGGCUGGUGCGACUUUAGGUGAACUUUAUUACAGAAUUGCAGAGAAGAGUAACGUCCAUGGCUUCCCAGGUGGGGUUUGCUCCACUGUAGGCGUUUCUGGGUUCCUCGGCGGAGGUGGGUAUGGUUACAUGCUGAGAAAAUAUGGACUUGGAGCUGAUCAUGUCGUUGAUGCACACAUGGUUGAUGCAAAUGGCAAAAUUCUCCACAGAGAAACCAUGGGAGAAGAUCUGUUCUGGGCCAUCAGAGGAGGAAGUGCAGCAAGCUUUGGAAUCAUUCUAUGGUGGAAAGUGAAUUUGGUUCCAGUCCCACCAGUUGUAACUCUUUUCAAUCCAUCCAAGACAAUUGAAGAAGGAGGAACGAAGCUCCUCCACAGGUGGCAAUACAUUGCAGAUAAGCUCCAUGAAGAUCUAUUCAUGAGAGCCAACCUGAGGCUCGCGAAAACCCGUUCAGGGGGUAAAACAAUAGCAGUUACAUUCAGGUCCUUGUACCUUGGUACCAUAGACAAACUCCUCCCUCUGAUGAACGAGAGCUUCCCAGAGUUGGGUCUGCGACGAGAGAACUGUACUGAAAUGAGCUGGAUCGAUGCCAUCAAGAAUAUUGGGGGCUUCCCAAACAGUACCAACGAUAUCUUACUGGACAGGAGUCGUCAGAGCAAGAGAAACCAGAAGGUGAAAUCCGACUAUGUUAAGGAACCGAUUCCUGAAUUUGUGUUCGAAGGAAUAUGGAAAAGGUUUUUUCAAAUGGAGGGACCUGUAAUGCAGCUAAAUCCCUAUGGAGGAAGGAUGAGUGAGAUUUCAGAGUCUGCAAUUCCCUUCCCACACAGAAAAGGGAACAUAUACAAAAUCCAGUACUCUUUGAACUGGAAAAAAAAUGGGACUCAAGAAAUCGAUAGGCAAAUCAAGUGGUUAAGGGAGCUGUAUGAAUACAUGACUCCUUAUGUCUCCAAGUCGCCAAGGGAAGCAUAUCUCAACUACAGAGAUCUUGACAUUGGAACAAACAACAAGGGCAAUACAAGCUACUCACAAGCUAGCAUCUGGGGUCGAAAGUAUUUCAAGAACAACUUCGACAGAUUAGUAUAUGUGAAGAGCAAGGUCGACCCAGGUAAUUUCUUCAGAAAUGAGCAGAGCAUUCCAGCAGUGACAGCAUGGUAGAAGAGAAGAG